CACACCUCAGAAUCAUGAACAUGGCAACUCGUCUCCUAUAACAGCAAGUUAUCAUAUGAGUUUCCCGGUUAGAAGUCGUGUCAGAGAAAUAUAUAGUCCUAUCAGUGGUUUGGUCUGCGUUAAAGAUGAACGGAUCUUAAAGGGGAUGAAAACUCCAGUGACGGUGUGGAUGAUAUGUAACCCUAGCACCGGGAAGUCUUUCACGUUACCUAGAAUAAAGACAAGGAAUAAAAGGUCUUGUGUGAGAAGCAGUUUAAGGUUUUGUCAAUGACAUUUGCAACUGGCGUAAUAAAUGGCGUAAUAGAUUACACCAACUCUACGGAUCAUCAGGUUCUGACGUUACAAGCUGGGAAACUCUCAUGGAGGAUGAUUGAAUGUAGCAUACCUCAUUAUCCUCGAUGUAAUUCUGUUUGCAUCAAUGGUGUUUUGUAUUACAUAGCUGAGAACGUAGCUUCUUCUCCUACCUAUCGUGACAUGAUUAUAGUCUCCUUUGAUUUUAGAUCUGAGAAGUUCAGCUUUAUUGAAGUUGCCAAACCUUUCUUUCAUAGUCUGAUAAACUUCAAUGGUAAACUGGCUUCAGUUACGAGUGACUCUAAUUAUUUUGAUAGAGCAAGCACAUGUCUUAAUUUGAGGGUUCUGGAUGACAUAGAGAAAAAUGAAUGGUCCAAGCAUGUUUACAAACUGCCUCUGUCUUGGGAGAAUGUAGUUGCAGAUGCCAACUUACACUGUGUUAAAGUGACUGCUUCCAAUGAAGUUGUGUUGUCAGGGUACUCUCAACGCUCUCCUUUCUAUGUUUUCUACUACAGUCUUGAGAAGGAAACUAUCAGAAGAGUUGAAAUCCAAGGAAUGGAAGCUUUUACGCGUUUCCAAGUUUACACUUUUGUAGACCAUGUAGAAGACGUCAGGCGUAUGAAAAGUGUUUUAGGACUGGCUCCUUAAGUGAAUGAUCACGGGAUCUUAAUACCUUUCCGCUGGUUUUAUGUUUCUCCUUUCCGUGAUGGUAUGUAUCUUAUCCUCUUGUUCAAUGAACACCAAGGACCAAUGUCUUUUUUAUGCUAAGCCUAAACAGUUCAGUGUUGGUUUUAAAUCGUAUUCUAUAUUUGACAAAUAUAAUGCUUCAUCAACAAUAAAAGUAGUCGCUGCUUUAGGUCGUUAGCAUCCUAUUUUGGUUCUCUCUAUGUUACUCAGUACAUCAAUGUUUACUUUAAGUAAUGUCUUUAUUGGAAUGCAGAAACAUGCAGACGUUCAAAAUCUUCCAAAAACUAAUUUGGAAAUUAAACUAAACUAUUGUCUACUAUUGUCUUCUAGGUUUUGGUUCAGAGCUUCAUCAUUAAUGUAGUCUAAAUGCAAAUUCCACAAAGUAAUGCUAUUACGUAAGUUUUCCUUUUUCACUUUAACGUCGGUCAAAACAAAACAAAAAAGUUAAAAGACAAUUGGAAAUAGGAAGAUUGAAGUCGGUGAUCGGGUUAUAAAUAAGAUUUUGGUGGUCUAAGCUUGAAUUAUGAGAGAGAUUACAAGAGAUCUUAAGAAACACUUUUCUUUGAGUGAAUAAAAGAUAAGGUUCUGAUAUUGAUUUCAUUCUUUUCUUUGAAUGACGCCAUCUAUCAGGAGCACCAAGUUCUGACGAUAGAAACUGGGAAACUUUCAUGGAGAAUGAUUGAAUGUGAAUGAGAAGUACAACUUUAUUAAAGUCAUAAGGAAUGGGGACGUCCAAGCAUGUUUACAAACUGCCUCCGAUGUGGGAGCAUGCAGCUGCAGAUAACUUCUUAUACUGUGCUGGAGGGACUUGUUCAAAUGAAGUUGUGUUGGUAAAGCACUCUCUGUACGGCCCUUUCUACGUUUUCUACUACAGUCUCGACGGAAACUAGCAGAAUAGUUGAAAUCCAAGGACUGGGAGCGUUUGGUGGAUUCAGAAUUGACACCUUUGUAGACCAUGUAAGAAGUAUCACAUGAAAGAGCAAUGUUUGUUAGGCUAGCUCUCAAGUGAUUCUAAGAAGUAUCAUCACAUGGUCUUACUAGAGCCCUUAUCUUCCCGCUGGUUUCAUGUUUUCUAUUGUCAAUGAUGAUGGUAUGCAUCUUAUCCUAAUGUUCAGUGGUUCGUGUAUUAAAGAGCAAUGUUUGUUCUAUGCUAAGCCAAAAACAAUUCACUGUUUUUACAUCGUAUUAUAUCUUAACAAUGGCAAUACAUGAAUAAAAAGGAUCCCUACUUCACGGGGCUAGCAUCCAUCCUAUAUAUUAUUGUUUCUUUCAGAAACAUGCAGAUAUUCAAAAGUUUCCAUGCAAAUUUCACCUAAGCUCUGCUCCUUCUGAUUAGAGAAGAAGAUUGAUCAAUAUCAAUUAAUGAGAAGUGCAUCGAUUUUUUUUUCAUCGACUAUUAUAUUUUUCUCUUUAUAAAUUAAUUUUUCCUAACCUAUCUGGACUUUUCUUUAUAAUGAAAUGGGCCGACAAGAAAAAAAAUCGUAACCAUGUGUUUUUGUCCUAAACGUUGCAUGUCUU